CGCGCAGCUCGGGCUCCAGACUCGGAGGAGAGCGCGGCGGUCGCCAUCGCUAGGGGGGUCCCGGCCCCGGCCGUGUCCGGGCACCAUAGCGCCGCUGCGGUGAGGCCCCGUCCCACUGCCGCGUCGGGCCCCGGGCCUGGUGCAUGGAGAGACGGGGAAGGAUGGACUGCCCCGCGCUGCCCCCCGGCUGGAAGAAGGAGGAAGUGAUCCGCAAGUCGGGCCUCAGCGCCGGCAAGAGCGAUGUCUACUACUUCAGUCCAAGUGGUAAGAAGUUCAGAAGCAAGCCUCAGUUGGCAAGAUACCUGGGAAACACUGUUGAUCUCAGCAGUUUUGACUUCAGAACGGGAAAGAUGAUGCCCAGUAAAUUACAGAAGAACAAACAGAGACUAAGGAAUGAUUCUCUCAAUCAAAAUAAGGGUAAACCAGACUUAAAUACGACACUGCCAAUCAGACAAACAGCAUCCAUUUUUAAACAGCCAGUAACCAAAGUUACCAACCAUCCUAGCAAUAAAGUGAGAUCAGAUCCACAACGAGUGACUGAACAGCCACGACAGGUGUCCUGGCAGCAGCUUCCCACAAAGGAUGGAGCCAGGAUCAUCAUGAGGCUGCGCAGCUCUUCAUGUGCCACUGGAAAGGGCUUUUGCUUCAUUUUCUUGCCUGUUUCAUUACAUGGACUAGAAACCCUCAGUCUUCCAGUCAUUGCUGCUUGUCUUACUGCUUCAGAGUUAUAUUGCAUUCAGCUUUGGCUGAAGUUAAGCAGUCAACCUUGGACUGCUACCGAGAAUCGCUCUGUGGAUGAAAAAUGUCAGAAUAGCUAUUGGCUUCAAGAGCAGUUUCAUCAAAACAGAAAGCAAGAAGAACGGGUGCACCAGGUGCGUAAAAAACUGGAGGAGGCACUUAUGGCAGACAUCUUGUCGCGGGCUGCUGAUACAACAAAAGAUAUGGAUGUGGAAAUGGACAAUGGAGAUGAUGCAUAAGAAGAGGAUCAGGUACUUUAACUGACUUGUCCCAGGAGGAAUUUCCUAAAAAAACAGAGGCACUUUCUCCUUCGGUCUUUUAUUGUAAGAAGAAAUGGACCCAUGCACAUUUAUAUAGCUUUCUAAUAGCAUUAAAACCAAUGCCUUUUUAGACUCCUAUUUUUGAUGUAAAUAUCUUAUUUGAAAAACAAACUUUAUUUUGUGUCCUACGACUUAAAAUAAUCUUUUUUAAAAUAUCAAACAGUACCCUUAAACUAAAGCUGAGCUUUUGAGACUAGGUUGCAAACCUACUGGAAUUAUAUUGCCUGUACUUAAUAUUUGUUUUUCCUGUGGUUUAUAAUAAUGAUGGAUCAGGAGAAAAAGGAUGGAUCAGGAGAAUUAAAGAUUAUUGUGACUCAAUGUAUAUAAACAGAUUUUUAUACUGCUGUUGAGUGAAAACACCUGUACAUUCUUCCAUCAUCACUGUAAAGAUAAAUAAAUGAUUAUAUUCA